AUGAGCGAGGAUUCUGUGGAGUUCAUCCGAAAGCUAGUAGCAUGUCCAGAGUUAACCGAAUCGGACAUACACGUUGCGCUUACGGCUGCUGGAGUAGACGAACUUAUGCCGGAUGGAAACAGAAAAUUAGCACAUUUGGGCUUGGGGGCGACCGGGUUCCUGAUUGAUUGCAGCGUUGCUUUUAUGGCGUUAUCUCGAGAUUUUACAUCAAAGCUCAAAUGCCGUGUCAACGGUAACCAACACCGUGCAGACAUUGCAAAGCGUACUGGCAUUGACAAGCACUUGAAGUUUCAUUUUCGGGCUGGCGCUCGCUCGCCAGGGGUUCUUGCCUUAGCAACAAGUGCCCUUAUCGGAGCUAUAUACCGGAGAAAAAAGUCUUUAACGUCCGUGGCUAAUGGCCUUUAUUCUCUAGGUGUCCUGGACGAGAAUGUUGACGGAUUUAGCUUGAUGGGGAUAUUCAAAGAUGAGCAAAGUGAUCUGCUGCUUAUGCCUCCUUCCGAUCAAAGCAACCCUGUUCAGACCAAACAGAUCGAUUUUUUCAGUCACGAAGAUCCCGCUCUUCCUGAUCUUGCUACCCCUCCAGACUUAGGGUGCUUUUCUAACUUUGAGGUAUUUUACGAUGAAACGGGCCAACUCAAAGAGGUCCUUUUAGACGAACUUCAUUUCACCGGCCCGGCCUCGCAAUCUCCCUUACCCGAGGACUUGGGUCGACCUGUAGAGGGUGCCCAUGUUUCUCAGAAUUUUCAUCCAUUUUCACUCCAAGAAAUGCAUCAAGGAAGACUGCAUGAGGUAGAGAUCUCGCCUCAACAAGCUAAACAGAAUUUCCUUCCUUCUCUCGCAGAGGAUUUUCAUCUCAUGGUCAACCAGCCAUCCUCCAGUCGGCGUUCUACAGGCAAGAGGAAAGACGCUGGCGGUACGGAAAAACCAAAGAGUAAAGCUAGCUGUGUUGAUAUUGGAUUCAGAUCAUCACUGUGUCGCGAAGCUGAAAUGAAUCGGGUUCUGGGCUUGCCGCACCCAGACAACACUUAUUUCAGGCCCGAAAUUGCGAACAAGUUGCUAAAUCUGGGUCCAGAAAUGUUUCCUAGUCUUUGUAUCUUUCUAAUUGGAGUGGGUGGCUCCCAAUCACUUGUUGCUCUCCGGGCAGCCCUUAAAUACACGAGAGAAACGAGGGGCGAAAUGCACAGCGUCCAAAGCCGAAGAUGGAUAUCGCGUGAUCUAACCAUCAACGAACGCUUCAAAAUCAUCAGUGAAAUUCACGAGAACGCAGCUUUUCUCCAGAUCCUGCGAUGUAAUCAUAUAUUGCAUCUCUACCGAUGUACUGGUAGAUCAGUCGGGCAUUCCUCGAAUUUUGCUAUAGAGGCAACCCCCCAGGAUGAGCUUAUUGGUCAACCGAGAGCAAGAGGCAAUCCGAGGAAGAUUGAAGUGGCUAUAGCAGUCAACAAAAUGAUGGAAAAUAUUUUCCCAGACCUCAAACCUGGCUCAACUCUUUACACGAGCAAGCGCCGAGUAAUGUUGGAAUUUCGAAAGUUUGGGAAGCGUUUACACAUUUUGGCUGAAUUCUUUGGGGAUGCUAUUCUAUGCCUACUUCAUUUUGAUCGGUCGGUCGAGGUGACUAGCCCGGUGAUCAUCGAGAAAAUUAUUCUUGCUCCGACAGAGGAGGUAUUCGAAAAUUUUGUGAAGAUUCUCGAGGAAUCGCAUGGAGACAUCCUUCGGGAGCUCAGUCGGGCAGCGAAAUCUGCCUUUGAGCACCUCCUUUAUGAAGAUAGGAGGCGGCAGAAUCCUUUUGCUUUAGAAGAGAUGACAACGGAGGAUAUCCUCAAAAUUCCAAAAGGAUCGCAGGAGCUUCUACCUCUCUUGCAAUAG